AUGGUGUUCACCAUUUUUCUGAGUACCUUUUUGGUUUAUUUCACUGAUGCUGUGACUUCAGAACCGCAAUAUAUCCUGUGGAUCUCUUCUGUGAUACAGAGUUAUUCUACCGAAAAGGCUUGUGUCCACCUUUUAAACCUUAAUGAAUCUGUAUCCUUAAGGGUUGUCUUAGAAUAUGAUGGAGUCAACAUCACUAUUUUUGACUGGUCUGUGGAGGAAAAUAAUUUCCAUGCUUGUGCAAAUUUCAAGGUGAGUUCGAAAUCCUCCGAACAAUUGGCUUUUGUGACAUUGCUGGCUAAGGGAGAUACCCUCAAAAUCUUUGAGAGGAGAUCCGUAGCCAUUGCUUCAAAAGAGACUGUAACCUUUGUGCAGACAGAUAAACCCAUCUAUAAAUACGGAGAGAAGGUAUUUGGCAAAAAAGAAUCUACUAUUACAGUAUUAACCUGUUUUUUUCUCCCUUUUCAGUAUUCUUUAAUCGCACUUCAGGAUCCUCAAAACAAUAGGAUUUUUCAAUGGCAAAACUUGACUUCUUUCCAAAAUAUUACCCAGCUUUCAUUCCAGUUGACUUCAGAACCAAUGUUGGGAGAUUACUCAAUUGUUGUGAAAAGAAAAUCAGGAAAGACAGUGAGACACCAAUUUACUGUUAAUAGACAGGUUUUGCCCAAGUUUGAAGUUAAGGUCGAUGUACCAAAAACAAUAACUAUUUCAGAUGAUGAAUUCCAAGUGGCUGCAUGUGCUAAGUACACCCAUGGCCAACCUGUGCAAGGGAAAGCCCAAAUCCAGGUGUGCAGAAAAUUUUAUGCCUCUGGGAACUGUGAGGAAGACAACAAUGAAAUCUGUGAACAGUUUAUUGCACAGUUGAGAAAUGGUUGUGUUUCUCAAAUUGUAAAUACAAAAGUCUUCCAACUCUACCGUUCUGGAUUUUUUAUGUCAUUUGAUAUCAUGACAGUUGUUACAGAAAUUGGAACAGGUGUGCGGAUCAGUGAAAAGACCUCUGUUUCUAUCACUCAAUUGCUUGGGAGUGUGAACUUUGAGAACAUGGACCCUUUCUAUAGAAGAGGAAUUACUUAUUUUGGAACUCUUAAAUUUUCUGGUCCCAGUGAUGUACCUAUGGUGAGCAAGUUAUUGCAAUUGGAGUUCAAUGACAAAUUUAUAGGAAAUCAUACCACAGAUGCGAAUGGUGAAGCUCAGUUUUCCCUUGACACUUCAGACAUAAUUGAUCCAGAAUUCAGCCUGAAAAUUCUUUGCUUUCCUUUAUUGUAUCGGGCCAGAUAUAUUCGACGAAAGAGCUGCUACGGGUCCAGCUGGUUGACGCCUGACUAUGCAGAUGCUCAUUUAUCAGUCUCACGCUUUUACUCCAGAACCAACAGCUUCCUGAAGAUCAUUCCAGAACCAAAGCAGCUUAAGUGCAAUCAACAGAAGAUUAUUACUGUACAUUAUUCCCUAAACAGUGAAGCAUAUACAGAUAAUUCAAAUGUAAACUUCUUCUAUUUGAUGAUGGUAAGAGGAAGUAUCCUCCUCAGAGGACAAAAGGAAGUCAGAAACAAUGCCUGGAAUGGAAACUUCUCAUUCCCUAACAUCAGUGCUGAUCUGGCUCCUGUGGCCAUCAUGUUUGUCCACACCCUUCACCCCAGUGGGGAAAUUGUGACUGACAGUGUCAGAUUCCAGGUUGACAAGUGCUUUAAAAACAAGGUUACCAUAAAGUUCUCUAAGGAGGAGGGACUACCUGGCUCCAAUGUUAAUCUCUACCUUCAAGCAGCCACUAAUUCAUUCUGUGCUCUGAGGGCUAUGGAUAAAAGCGUUCUUCUACUGAAACCAGAGCAACAGCUAUCAGCUGAAAGUGUGUACAAUCUGCUUCCCUGUACAGAACCAUAUGGUUAUUUCUAUCAUGAUUUCAAUCUUGAUGAUGAAAAGCUCAACCCCUGCAUUCCUCAGAAGGAUAUGUUUUACAAUGGUUUGUAUUAUAUGCCUGUAAGCAAUUAUGGGGAUGGAGACAUCUGUAAUAUUGUUAGGGGUAUGGGUCUGAAAGUCUUUACCAAUCUCCACUACCGGAAACCAGAAGUAUGUUCAACGGAGAUAAUGCUUCCAUUCCUUAGGCCGUUACAUUAUGAAUCAGAAUAUGCAGUUAUGCCUAGUGACUCAUCUAGAUUUGCAUUGGAGACUUCUGGAUAUGUAGAAUAGGCUAUAAUGAAAACAGUAAGAACAAACUUCCCAGAGACAUGGAUAUGGGACCUCGUUAGUGUCAAUUCCUCAGGUACCACAAAUCUUUCACUCCUCAUUCCUGAUACUAUAACCAAAUGGGAGACAAAUGGCUUCUGUGUGAAUGGUGAUGUUGGAUUUGGCAUUUCAUCAACAGUUACUCUGGAAGUCUUCCAACCUUUCUUUGUUGAAACUACUUUACCCUUUUCAGAGGUUCAAAAUGAACAAUCUGAUUUGAUUGUCACUGUCUUCAGCUACCUGGAUACAUGCGCAGAGAUUUCUGUUCAACUGGAAGCAUCUGAGAAUUAUGAGGCAAGUAGUAACACCCUGCAAAGCAAUGGUAGUGAGAUUACCCAAGCCAGAGAGAGGAAAACGUACAUGUGGACUAUUAUACCUAAGAAAUUGGGUAAAGUGAAUAUCACUGUAGUUGGUGAAUCUAAACAAAGUAGUGCUUGCCCAAAUCAAGCAACUGAGCGGCAAAAUCUAAGAUGGAAAGACACUGUGGUCAGAAGUUUGUUGGUAGAGCCUGAAGGUAUUGAAAGAGAAAUGACUCAAAGUUUCCUUAUCUGUACAAAAGGUACCAAAGCCACCAAACAGGCAGUUUUGGACUUGCCUAAUAAUGUAGUAGAAGGAUUAGCCAGGGCCUUUUUCACUGUUGCAGGGGAUAGUCUCGGACUUGCGAUGCAGAAUCUGGAGAAUCUUCUCCAAAUGCCCUAUGGAUGUGGAGAGCAGAAUAUAGCCCUACGAGCGUCUGACACCUAUGUCCUUGACUACCUGAAAUCCACUGAACAGUUGACAGAGGAAGGUAAAUCUAAAGCUGCCUUUUUCUUAUCUAGUGGUUAUCAAAAGCAAUUGCUUUUCAAGAACUCUGAUGGCUCAUAUACUGUGUUUUGGCAGAGGAAUCAGCAAGGAAACAUAUGGCUCACUACCCUUACGUUUAAGACAUUUGAGGGAAUGAAGAAAUAUGUUUACAUUGAUGAACAAGUUCAAAAACAAACCUUGAUCUGGCUUUCAAGCAGACAGAAAGGUAACAGCUGCGUUAAAAGUGAUGGCAAGCUUUUCAACAACGGCUGGGAGGGUGGAGAUGAAGAGGACGUUUUACUCACUGCCUACAUUGUUGGAGCAUUUCUUGAAGCUGGGCUCAAUUUUACUUUUCCUUUUCUAUGAAACAGGCUUUCUUGCCUAGAGGAGGCGUUGGAAAAUGGUGUCACUAAUGGCUAGAAUCAUGCAAUUCUAGCUUAUGCUUUUGCAUUAGCUGGAAAAGAGGAGCAAGUGGAAUCUUUACUCCAGAUCCUGGAUCAAUCUGCAACAAAAACAGACACUGUGAUAUAUUGGGAGAGAGCAAAGAAGCCCAAGACAGAAGAAUCCCCCUCUUUCCUUCCUCGGGCACUUUCUGCUGAGACUGAGAAGACCUGCUAUGUGCUGCUGGCUGUCAUUUCCCAGAAAACUCCUGACCUCACCUAUGCUAGUAACAUUGUGCAGUGGCUUGCGCAGCAGAUGAAUUCCCAUGGAGGCUUCUGCUCCACCCAGGACACCACAGUCUGUCUUCUUGCCAUAACCCGCUACAUGAAGCUCACCUUCUCGGAUGAUCAAAACACUGUCACCUUUAGAAGUGAAGAAUCCAAUGAGAUUUUCCAGGUUACCGGUGACAACCGCUUGCUCGUCCAAUGUUCAGAACUAGCAAAAGCGUAUGGACAAUACACAGUAGAUGUGGAAGGACAAGGUUGUACAUUUACCCGGGCUACCCUUGGAUAUAAUGUGCUAGUAUCUAAGAAGGUAUCUGGAUUUUCCCUUUCCUUGCAAAUAGUAAAGAAAAACUCCUCAGAUACGUUCCAGGCUAAUUAUGACCUAACAGUGACUUUCAACUACACUGGAAUUCGCAAUAGCUCCAAUAUGGUCAUUGUUGAUGUAAAAAUGCUGUCAGGAUUUACUCCAGUCAUGUCAUCCCUUGAGGAGCUUGAAAACAAUGGCCAAGUGAUGAAGACUGAAGUCAAGAGUGACCAUGUUCUUUUCCACUUGGAUAAUGUAAAAAAGGAGGCAAAGAGUUUCACUUUCUCUGUUGAGCAAGGCAAACGUGUGUCCAACAUUCAGCCCGCCUUAGUCAUGGUCUAUGAUUAUUACAAAAAAGAAUAUGCUCUUGUUUCUUACAACAUCAGUACUAUUUCGGUUUCCCAGUGAAACAAAACAACGCACAGGAAAAGUUAAGACAAUUACAUAUUAUAGACCUUUGAAAACACACCUAGCAAGAAAAAGAAAACCUAAAGCAGACAGAACAAUGGAUAAAACAAAG